AGGAAAUUGUGGAUGAUUCUUCAAAUGCCGGUGAUGAAGAAUUCUCAAAGCUUUCUCGAAUGGCGGUUGUUAAGCUUCUCCAAACCACCUGAAUUUUCUGCAAGCUUAAAGAAAUUUCUAGAUACAGAGAGGCGGUGGUGAUUCUUCAGUAAUUAACAACUUUGUUUCAUUGCAAUAAACCCAUUAUUAUUAGCUUGUAAUUGAGGAUGUUGAGGCUUUAUUGCUUGCUAAUUCUUAUGCUAAAUUUAGCAUUAGCAGUCUUAUCUGUUGAUACGUAUAGCAAAGAGGACUUCCCUCCUGGCUUUAUUUUUGGUGCUGCUACCUCUGCUUAUCAGGUGGAAGGAGCAGCACAUGAGGAUGGUAGGAGUCCCAGCGUUUGGGAUACCUUUUCUCAUGGAGGAGGAGAUGUGGCAGUUGAUGAGUAUCACAAGUACAAGGAAGAUGUCCAACUUAUGGCUGAAACUGGAUUAGAUGCCUAUAGAUUUUCCAUCUCAUGGGCUAGGCUUAUCCCAAAUGGAAGAGGACCUGUCAAUCCAAAGGGCUUGCAGUAUUACAACAACCUCAUCGAUGAACUUAUUAGCCAUGGCAUCCAAGCACAUGUUUUCUUAUACAAUUAUGAUCAUCCACAAUCACUUGAAGAUGAAUAUGAAGGAUGGCUUAGCAGAAACAUUGUGAGAGACUUCACAGCUUAUGCAGAUGUGUGCUUCAGAGAAUUUGGUGAUAGGGUUUCGUUUUGGUCUACCAUAAAUGAGCCCAACGUCUUUGCAAUUGGUGGUUAUGACCAGGGAGUAGUGCCGCCGGGGAGAUGUUCUUACCCAUUUGGAUUAUGGAACUGCUCCAAAGGCAACUCCUCCACGGAGCCAUACUUGGCAGCUCAUAAUAUGUUGUUGGCACAUGCAUCAACUGUAAGAUUGUACAAGGAUAGAUAUCAGAGCAAGCAAAAUGGAGUUAUAGGAGUCACCCUCUAUGCCCUAUGGCUUGUCCCGCUAACUAACUCAACAGAGGAUGAAACUGCUGUACAAAGAGCCAUGGACUUCUUUAUUGGUUGGUAA